AUGAAUUCUGACGUGAACUACUUGCUAUCACUCGGAGCCAUCCGCGACAGGGCCCAAAUUGUUUGGCAGGCUGCUGAAGCCGGAGAACUGACCCAUUUCAAUUUCCACGAGGACAAACUUAGCGACGUUGCAGAUUUCGUAAUUUCAGUCAUUCAGCGAGACUUCGGGCCGGACAAAUAUGAUACAAUUCCACCCCAUGGUCGCUGGCAGCACUUUGAUGUGGGCAAUGUGCCACGUGUGCAGAAACUGAUUGACGAAUGGAAGAGCAACGGUACCGAAAAUUUGGAGAUUACCCGCCGUCUCAUCGACUUGUUUUUUGUUUCGGUGCUUCUGGAUGCCGGUGCUGGUGAUUAUUGGCGCUUUGUUGAGGCAGAGGAUGGCAAGAAUUAUGAGAGGAGUGAAGGCAUUGCUCUUGCCAGCCUUCAUAUGUUCAAGUCUCUCGCCUUCACUGACUCGGUUCCAGGAAGUGCUCCCUCAGUCAAUAGUAACGGCUUGAAAAAUAUGACGAAUGAGAAGCUCAUAUCGGGUUUCCAAGUGUCGGACGAGAAUCCAAUGUUAGGAAUGGAUUCUCGCGCAACCCUACUAAGGAGUCUCGGGAAGUCUUUACAUGAGCAUCCUGCCGCCUUUGGUGACGAAGGCCGCCCUGGGAACCUCGUUGACUACAUGAUAAGGGCUGCUGAGGGCUCGUCAGAACUCGAUGUCUUAACAUUCUGGGAAGUCCUCCAGACUCUCUUAAUUCCAGUCUGGCCCAAAGACCGUACUACUGUCGGCGGAAUCCCUAUCGGUGACGCUUGGCCUCUGAGCACGCUGCAAAAACGCAUCGACCCUUCCAAACCGGCUGGCAUCACGGCUGACAUUCAGCCGUUCCAUAAGCUAACCCAGUGGCUUACCUACUCAUUGAUGGUCCCUUUUCAAAGAAUCCUAGGGAUGAAAUGGAAGAACUCGGAGGCCCUGACUGCUCUUGCAGAGUAUCGCAAUGGUGGCCUCUUCGUUGAUCUCGGGGCUCUUUCUUUGAAGGAAGAACCUUUUCAGCGGGGUAUCAAGGCAUCUGGCCAAGAAUUGCCUCUGUUCGAUGCCAGUGACGACGUUAUCGUGGAAUGGCGAGCUCUGACUCUAAGCUUGCUGGACCGUGUAUAUGAAAUUAUUGCAUCACGUUUGGGCCAAGGUGUUCAUCUCACCAUGGCUCAGGUACUCGAGGCUGGGACAUGGAAAUCCGGAAGAGAGAUUGCUGCCAAGCGCCGGCCGACGACUAAGUCGAGUCCUAUUCUCAUCAAAAGUGAUGGCACAGUGUUUUAA